AUGGGUGUAUUGAGUCUUCCUGCUGGGGUAGUCCGAUGGCUUAUAUCGCUGGGCGUAGUGAAGGAGAGAGUAGAUCUUGGACAGGCCGAACAGGGGACGGAGCAGUCGGUGCAGUUGAGUCAGAGGACCAAGCAACAGCUUAUGGGAGGGAGUAUGAUAGCUGAAGCUAUUGCUGCGGUUCUGGACCGAGCUGGUGUUACUCCUAGCCCCUCGUUGAGAUCAGCAAUCUCGUCAUCUGGAAACGCGAAGAACCCGUCAGUGAGGUGGAAGGUGGUGGCGGAGGCUUUGUCGGAGCACUUGGAUGUUACCCUGGAUGAGACCAUCUGCCAAGACCUGGCAGCUGAGAAGGACGAGUCGUUGGCAGUAGAGCUGCUCUUGGAGGCAACUGCUGAGCAGUCAACAACACAGCCCCUGCCUCCCGUCGGUCCCACUACUGCUAGGAAGCGAAUAACCCCUAAGGACUCUCCUACGGUCCAAGCUAGUGGUGCGCAGAAGAGCCCGUCUGGGUCUCCUAGUGGAGAGUCGUUGGGAGGCCACACCUUUCUAACCACCACAGAGCAGUCUCCAAUCAAAAAAGAGGAGACUACCUCUGGCCUCCACGAGUCGGCCUUUCUUAAAGAGCUUGAUAUGGAGGAGUCUACACUACCGCCGUUGGACCCAGUCUUGGGCGUUAUAGUCUCCACGGCUCUGACAACGUUACAAUUAGCAAAACCUGGCUCGCUGGACGAGGCAGCGAUCAUGAGGAUGGUCAGUAGUGGCGAGAUCUACCCCUUCACAUCAGCGUCCCUUGUACAAUGGUUUACUGCUGUACUCCCACAUCGGAUAACGGAACUGUCGUUAUCUACCUUGUGCAGGGUAGCAGUUCCUGCUCUUGAUACUAAUAUGUAUGGUAAUGAGGUGAAUGCUGCCGCUGCUGGUCUGCUGUACUUGGCAGCAUCUCGGUGCCCAAGGGAAGACUACCUUGUGAAUACUCUGGCUAGGGAAGGGUACAUCGAGAGCAUCACGACGUGUAUACGCAACAGUGAUAAUGAGGAGACUAGGGGCUCCCUGAGCUCGGCCGUUUUCCAAAUCUGGCACCGGGAUGGGGCCUCCUUGGUGACAUUGUUCUCCUCCCAUCUCGGCCGUACCCAUUCACAGUUCCUCCCAGUAGCCCACAGUCUGGUGGCCUCCCUGUCGCAGCAUGGGGAGCCUUUCUACGCCUUGUCCCCUGUAGUGGACUUCCUCCUAGAUCAGCUGGUCAGAAGGAGACACUGUUGUUGUGCAGGGUGUGCUGCCCUCCUUGGCGAACUCUGGGUAUCUGGUUUGAUAUCGGCUAAGGCUAAUUACACAGAGCAAGCCGAACAAGUUCUGCUCGCACUCCAAGAGAGGGCCUCACAGGGCUCUGGUGAUGGGAGGGAUCACCUACCGUACGUUGCGGCCAGCACGCUGGUGUCUAUACUGGAGUACGUGUGUCGGCAAGAGGAUGAGGCCAUGGCACCAGCUGUGUGGAGGUCCCUGGUGUACUCCCUCAUAGUGUCACUAGGCACUCCAGAGCUUCUUCCAGACUACGCUGAUUUCAUAACAUCGUUGAUAUCGGAGGCCCUCCAGAAGCUACCGUGCCUCCCAGUCUGUGUCCUGUCGGAGCCUAUCUGUAAGCUGUUCCUUGAGAGGAACACCAGCGGUGACGAGAUGAUCCCAAUAAAGGAGAGUGAAAAGGACCUGUUGCUGUCCAUAGUCCAUCACCCCCGACUUACGGAGGCAGCCGCAGUAGAGGUUUUAAAGGUAGCAUGCAAACACAUGGUAUCGGACCCUCCAGAGGUGGACAGUGUUGAAUGGAAGAUCGUUAAGAAACUGUCAACACGGUAUGCAACCAGUGCGGCCUUUGCAUCGGCAGCAGCGGAGCGAUGUCUUAAAGAGAUACUGCCCUCCUUACUGCAAGGGCCAGGAUCGGCUGACGCGGUGGUCUCUAUUGUGUCUACUAUGGCUAGUGCUGGCUCGCGAGGAGAGGACAGCCACCUCCGCUCCGUCGUCCUUGGCCUUAUCACCGACUUGUGCGCUGCGUAUCGCUCUACCUACGCCGCCCUCCAUCCUAACCUGCUACGGGCCUCUAGAGCCUUCCCGGAGUUGGAGGAUCUCCAGGAGGACACCCCUGACCCUCAGACGGAGGCCUCUGAUCUCGAGCAGGCUGCCCUGCCAGGACCCUGCCUGGGCGUUGGGGGGCCGCUGGAUAGUUUUCGCUCUAAGGCUACUGCCCGUAUAAGAGAGUUGGAGAUGCAGAUCGGCGUCAUGGCUGAGAAGCAUAAGGAGAGGGAAGAUUCGUUGGAGUCAGCGAUACGGGAUCUGGAGGCUAAGGUGGACAAGGUGGCUGCGGUAGGUGGUCAACUUCAGAGAGGCACCGAGGCAUCCCCUGUCUCUAAGUUGGCCCUGCCCGUUAGUGCAUCAGCCCGUGCGGCGGCCCCGCGGAAGCAGGAGAGCAGCGGCAGCAGCAAGUCGGUGCCAACGAGGAGCCCUUGUGUAGUGGGGGAUCCUCCCACGAAAGAGGCCAGCAGAGCUACCAAGUCUCUUACGGAAGAUGAUGGUGCCUUGAAGAGCGCGCGGCACAAGGGGGCUGUACUGGUUUUGGAAGGAGCUGCGGCUGAGGAGUGCUCCAAUUUAGUGAAGGCAUUCGCCAAGCCAAUGGAAGUUAUGUAUCUGCAGUAUUGCCAUCAGAGUGUCAGCCGAGCAUCGUCUCUCAAGCAUCCCCGUCAUAGCUCCUCUCGAGGGCACCAGGACACAUCGCCAGCAAUAGCGCUCCUGAACCUCCUCACGUUCUUGCGUGAUGCGAAGAUCAUACCUCAUAUAACGCCUCGAGCUGUGGCUGAGGAGUUCAUAUCGAGUAUGGAGCACCCAAUACGGCUGCCUCAAGCCAUAGAGCUCAUCGCCCAAUGCGCCUUCUAUGGCGUGGAUCCGCUGGAGUGCAGACCAUGGUCACAAUGGGGUGUCCUCGUUCCUUUGCCGGAGCAUCCGGAAGCACGGCAGUUGCAGAGUAUGCUGCAGCACCUUAUGAAUCUGGCGACCCUGCCUGGGGGGGCUAGAGGGGCGAGCGACAAGAUGAGCAUGAGCUCAGACGAGUGGGCUGCGGCGGUAGGCCCCUCCUGGACUUUGACGGAGUACGAUGUGGUACAGUCCGCAAACUGGUCCGCCGUUAUGGGGUCAGGUUUGUUUAUUUGGAAAGCUGGCCUUGCUCCUGUAGACGAGCCCAUGAUCCCUCCUGGCUUUGCCUUGUCGCCUGAUGGUAAAUCUAUAUAUGUUGCGGACAAGUCGUGGAACCGAGAAGGAAGGACUGCUUCCCGGAAACAGCAGCAGCAAACAGCAGAGUCCAGACAACCGGUGCAUACGGAGUUGCUGUACAACAUGGCCUCUGCUUCCUCCGAUGCUAGUCUUGACUCGUCCUCGGGGGGCCAACGGCUUCAUGGUAGCGGCAAAACAAAGGGACAUUCUGGAAAGCAUCGGGCGGGGAGUGUACUGAGCCUUGCUGGGGGCUUGGCUGCACCUACGAAGACGCCACCGGAAGAGGCCGACAAAUUUCUGCUUAGUCACGACGGAGCACAGAGAGUCCUCGGAGAGACCUGGCUGAAUCGGGCUACUCAGACGAUACAUAAGCAUUUCCUGCAAACACAAUCUGGUGAUGUGGACGCAUGUGCUGGGCUUCGGCUACCAGCCUUUACCAAGUGCCUCACUGGCUUCCUCAAGCUCCUGCCUGAUGUUAGUAGUGCGAAGUUGCUCUUUCGUAGAGUGGCUGGGGCGGGCUCCCAGGAGGUGGACGUUGGAGGCCUCGGACGGGCAGUCCUGGCUUCGGCCUGCGUCACACCAUACGGUCAGGCUGCUAUCAAGGAGUGGCCCUCGGCCUUGCAGCUCAUGGAUGAGCAUCCUGAUGUUCUGCUGGAUGUAGGGGUGCAUGCCCUCUACCAGCGCGAUUUCAAGGACCUCGCUGCCUUGAGAUCCAGACUGCAUCAUUUCAGUGCGGGCUCAUUGCCACAGCAGACACCGGACCAGAUGAGGUGCCGCCUGGGGUAUUGGAGGGUUGUUGCUGAGAGUAGUCGUUGCAGGAAGGAUGUGGCGGAGCUCCAAGGAGUAGUGGUACGCUCGGGAGCCGUGCCCAUGAGCAUUCCCAUGGAGAAAAGUGAAGGAGGCAAUGACCAUUCCGAGACGUCUAUAGCCGAGCCGACCAGCCCAGCAGUCGCUAAUACACCGAAAGUGGAGGAGGCAACCGAGGGCCCCCCGCCAGGAAAGGAUGAUGUCAAGACUGGUCCUCCGCCCCAGACUGAGAGUCAACUUGUUGAUGGUGAGUUAGCUGAUGAAGCUAAGGUUGAGGGACCCGUCCCAGCGAGUCCGGAGGCGAACAACGAGGAUGCCGCGGAGGUCAAUAGCCCUGAUUCGUUGAAUGAAGACAAGCAGGGGAAAGGCAGAGGAUCGGGAUUGCCCGAGUCCGAUAGUGUUGUAGAGCAGCCCUCAGCCGAAGUCCUUGGCGAAACUGCAGGUGAGAGCGAAGAGGCUGAAGUUUCCAAUGCUGAGGGCGCUGAGGAUAACCUCGCUGGAGACCCAUCACGGUGA